AUGGUCACCAAAGUCGAGGUCGUCGAGCUGAAGUUUGCCAAAGUCAAGGUCGUCAAAGUCAAGGUAACCGAAGUCGAGGUCGUCGAAUUAGAGGUCGUCAAAGUCAAGAUCUUCGACUUGGAGGCUGCCCAAAUCAAGGUCGUCGAAUUAGGGUUUGUCGAAGUCGAAGUCUUCGAAGGCAAGGUCGUCAAAUCAGAGGUCGUCAAAUUGAAGGUUGUCAAAUUGGAGGUCGUCGAAGUCAAGCUCUUCGACUUGAAGGUCGUCGAAGUCCACGUCGUCGAACUGAAGAUUGACAAAGUCAAGAUCUUCGAAGUCAUGGUCACCAAAGUCGAGGUCGUCGAGCUGAAGUUUGCCAAAGUCAAGGUCGUCAAAGUCAAGGUAACCGAAGUCGAGGUCGUCGAAUUAGAGGUCGUCAAAGUCAAGAUCUUCGACUUGGAGGCUGCCCGAAUCAAGGUCUUCGAAACGGCGGUUGGCGAAGCCAAGCUUGUCAAAUUAUAG